AUGUUAGAACCAACGUCGUUCAGGAACUCUGCCAUCGGCUUAUUUGGCAUCCUCCUCGCAAUCAUCUGGCUCCGACGAAAGCUGAUGCCAAAACCAUAUCCAGGCAUUCCUUACAAUGAGGAAUCCGUUGGACGCAUCACGGGAGAUAUCCCAAAUUUGAUCCCAAUCAUCGAAGCCACUAACGAGUUCUCCAACACGCUGUUCACGGUUACAACCCAGAAGCUAGGCGUGCCUAUCGCCCAGCUGCUGUUCCCUGGGAUUCGCAAACCCAUGGUGAUCAUUGAAGAUCCUAGGGAGAUCGAGGAUAUCAUGGUUCGGCGGAACAAGGAAUUCGACAAGGCGCCAAUGGCAAUAGACAUGUUCGCACCCAUGUUUCCACACGCAACUCUUUCCCAAUACACAACGCCGGAGCUGCGGGCGCAGAAACGACUCUGGCAGGAUGUCAUGAACGCCGAAUUCCUCCGCAGAGCAGCAGCCCCCAAUAUACACAAGGCAGCUCUGGAGCUUGUGGAUCUGUGGCGACUUAAGGCAGCAUCAGUCUACAACGACCAAGCGUUUAAGGUUCACGAUGACCUCAAAGACGCUGCCUUGGACGCCAUGUGGGUAGCUGUUGUGGGCGAAGAACCAGGCUUGACGAGAUACAACGCCAAGAAGCUGGAGGAACAGCUCGCUGGAGACCAAAAAUUAGACGAUGAGCCCGCCCCGCGAGGUGCAUUCCUUAAGGAAGAGGUCCGCUACAUCGGAGCAACUAUCUCUAAGAAUUCCAAUCAUCCUCUACCGAAGUGGGCUCAAAAGUUCGAGACAUACACACCACGCUAUCGGAAAUUCAGACGGACUGUCCUUUCGGGAGUUGAACGUGUCAUGAAGAAAGCUGUUGAGCGGUUCCAGCUGCUGGAGACAGGACAGCUUGAGUCCGAUGCUUUGGACCAGUGUAUGAUGGAUCUGGUUCUUCGCAGGCAGAUUCUUGAGGCCAGAAAAGCCGGCAAGCCCCCGUCAGACCCCACCAAGGAUAUUCACAUGUUAGAUGAGUUAUUUGUCAUGCUGGUCGCUGGUCAUGAUAGCACCGCCAAUGCUAUCACAUGGUUUCUGAGAUUCAUGGAAUCCAAUCCAAGCGUUCAAAGCGAGCUUCGGGCUGCGCUGCGUGCUGCUUUCCCUGGACCGGACCCUCCAACCGUCAACGAGAUAAUCCAGACUGAGAUUCCUUAUCUUGACGGAGCUUGCGAAGAAGGUCUCCGUCUCGCCGGUACUGCGAAAGCCAUGCUUCGUCAGGCAGUAGUUGACACCCAGGUGCUUGGAUGCCCGAUCCCGAAGGGCACGGAGGUAUUCCUCAACCUACACAUCAACCGUCAGCCUGCUCCUAUCGACGAGGCCAAGCGCAGUCACACCAGCCAAGAGGCCGCGAGCAAGCGCGGAGAUGGUUUUCAGGGACCGGCAGGCCGUGACCUUGGUCGCUUUGAGCCAAAGAGAUGGCUAGUGAAGGGCGAAUCUGGCAAGGAAGUUUUCAAUCCAUAUGCGCUGCCCAGUCUUGCCUUUGGUGGCGGAUACAGGGGUUGCUUUGGCCGCCGUCUGGCUACAAUGGAAUAUCGCUUUUUGGUGGUUCUCUUGACCCUGAACUUCGAACUUCUGCCACUGCCUGAGGACCUGCGCGGCUGGACCGCGCAAGAGAAGAUCUUCAGGCAUCCCGACUAUCCUUAUGCAAGAUUGAAGAUUCUAUGA